AAGCUUGGUUGUAAGAUUUUGUUCACGAAUGGCGGUAGGUUUGGAUGUAGAAUGGUGCGGGAAGUUUGGAUUGCAAGGUUGACAUGCUUUGUUGCAAGAGGUUUGGAAGAGAGCUUGCAGGGGGUUUGUCCCUUUAUUGGCGGGAUUUUAUGGGUUGCAAGGGCUUGUAGUAAGGCCUAG